GCAUCAGCUUCCUCAUCGCCUCCAAACCCACAUCCUCCCCCACCUCUGUCGCCUCCCGGGGUGCCCGGGAGCCACCCCCAGCUACCGUCUGUAGCGGUCCGGUGUCACCGGGUGUCCCAGGUGAAGGGGCGGCUCCAGCUCGUCCCUCCCCUCGGCGCCUUCCUUGUGCCCGUCACUGGGGAUUAGCGCAGGGACAGCCCCGGGCUUGGGGACAGGCACGGGGACCAGGGCCACCCGCCACCUCGCCUGGAUGUAGGAGGCCUGGCCGAGCGGCGAGGACCGAGGGUGACAUCCCCCAUCCCUGCGCUGGGCGAGGACGGGGACCCCCCCGCGCCCCCCCAGCCUUUGGGGGCACCAUGAAGGACCGGCUGGAGCAGCUCAAGGCGAAGCAGGAUGCGGAUGACGAGGAGGAGCUGGAGAUCGCCGUGGACAACACGGCCUUCAUGGAUGAGUUCUUCGCGGAGAUUGAGGAGACCCGGCAGAACAUCGACAAGAUCUCAGAGAACGUGGAGGAAGCCAAGAAGCUCUACAGCAUCAUCCUCUCAGCCCCCAUCCCAGAGCAGAAGACCAAAGAUGACCUGGAGCAGCUGACGGCAGAGAUCAAGAAAAUGGCCAACAGCGUCCGUAACAAGCUGAAGAGUAUGGAGAGGAACAUCGAGCAGGAUGAGGCACGAUCCUCCGCCGACCUUCGGAUACGCAAGUCCCAGCACUCGGUCCUGUCCCGCAAGUUCGUGGAUGUCAUGACCAAGUACAACGAGGCGCAGGUGGAUUUCCGGGAGCGGAGCAAGGGCCGGAUCCAGCGCCAGCUGGAAAUCACCGGCAAGAACACGACGGAUGAGGAGCUGGAGGAGAUGCUGGAGAGUGGGAACCCCUCCAUCUUCACCUCAGGGAUCAUGGACUCGCAGAUCUCGAAGCAGGCGCUGAGCGAGAUCGAGGGGCGGCACAAGGACAUCGUGCGCCUGGAGAGCAGCAUCAAGGAGCUCCACGAUAUGUUCGUGGACAUCGCCAUGCUGGUGGAGAACCAGGGAUCCAUGAUCGACCGCAUAGAGAACAACAUGGACCAGUCUGUCGGGUUCGUGGAACGGGCCGUGGCUGACACCAAAAAGGCUGUGAAGUACCAAAGUGAGGCCAGGAGGAAGAAGAUCAUGAUCAUGUUGUGCUGCAUCAUCCUCGCCAUCAUCCUGGCAUCCAGCAUCGGGAGCAUCUUCGCCUGAGCUCCCCACCCGCUGCCCUCCAGGUGGCCUUUCCCCCUCCUGUCCCCCUGCCCGGAUGAUCCAUCGGAGAGAUCCCGGCCAAGCCCCGAUCCCCGGAGCCCCGAGGACAUCCCAAAUGUCCCUGGAGGAGUGGAGCCCUCCCACCGCACCCCCCACUCCCCUCCCAGCGCCAAGGUCCCCUCUCUCCUCCUCCUUCUCCUCCACUCGGGUGAGUCGGUGGCCGCUGUGACAAGCAGCCCCUCCUCAGUGGCACGGAGCGGCCGGAGGGGCCGUGUCCCUCUCGGGGUGGGACACAGGGCUCUGCCUUGCCGGGGCGGCCGGAGGAGCCUCUCCCUGUGCUUGGAGCUCCUUGGAUGUGCAGCCACCCAUGCUGGAGCCUUCCUCCUCAAUAAAGAGCUCACCCACACUCUGCCUCCUGGCUCCAACCUGAUCCGUGGAUCCCU